UUCUUUCUCUCUGCCCAAAUCACUUUGACAAGGGCUCCAUCGCACAACUCCACACCCCAUCUCCAUCACAACCUUUCUUUCUUCUCUCCCCUAAUUUGAAAAAUUGACCUUCCCUAUCAUCGGCAAACGGCGCAAAUGACAGGGGCUCUUGGGUCUUGUCAAAACGACGGGCUCAGGGUCGUGGGUGGCUCGGUCUCACGGAGGGGGUUUCAGUCAGUUUUGCUCAGAGCUGUCUUCUUCAAUGGCGGCUCUUAACAUUUCGACAAGAAUGUCUCUCCUCGAAUCCGAGAGGACCCCUGAUUUUCUACCAUCCUCCAAGAGCCUUAGCGAUUUCCUUGCAUUUCAAUCCAGACCCAGAAAGAAACGUGCCCAAAAGAGCCAUGCAUUCACUGUUAGAUCCAUGACGAUAGCCAAGGAGAGAUACCGAGGCCAGCUCAACUCGCCUAAUGGCCUUGCGGGGAGCCCUGACAAGUACUCUCUUUAUGAUGAUCAGUCCAUUGAAUAUUACUCUAUGGGCCAGGCAAGGGCGACUUCGAACAGUCGAAGAAAAAUGAAGAUAGUUUGUACAAUUGGUCCCUCCACAAGUACAGAUAAAGACUGGGAAGAUAUCAAGUUUGGAGUGGACAACCAAGUCGAUUUCUAUGCUGUCUCUUUUGUAAAAGAUGCUAGAGUGGUUCAUGAGUUGAAAGAUUAUCUUAAAAGUUGCAAUGCAGACAUUCACGUGAUUGUAAAAAUUGAAAAUGCAGACUCUAUCCCAAAUCUUCAUUCAAUUAUUCCUGCAUCUGAUGGGAAAUGGUUGCUCGUGGGGACCUUGGAGCUGAACUUCCGAUUGAGGAUGUUGUCGAAGCACUUCAAUCUUAUAACUAAAGACCAUUUCAGCAAAAUAGACUGCGAAAGACUCGCAGUUGUUGUUGAGAAUAUCGUAUUGGCCGAACUUGCCUCCUCUGUUAUCGUUGUCUUCGACCAGCAUCCGAGUGGCUCGAUGGAUGACGAGAUCUGGGGGGUCGCAUACGUCAAGGCUACAUGUUCCGAUGUUUUUGACCCAAAAGUGGACGGGCGAGACGCCGUAGUCGAAGCGGAAGAGCCUGUGGAAGCGGUUGAUGAGAAAGCCAUCCAAGCAUGA